AUGGCCCUAGCGAUCCUGACGAUGACCGACGAGGAGGAAACGGGGGAGAUUGGCAAGGAGAUCGAGGACACGGAUACGGAGGGGGACCCCGGGUCCGGAAAUGAGCUUCUUAGGGACCCUAGAAGGGUAAGACCUACUACCGGCAACUAUAUCGGUAACCCCCUACCGAUCAGACUAUUGGCUAGGCAAAGCACGCCUGCGUACGGCACUCUAGGCGCCCUUGACGAUAAUAGAGACGAUUUCCUUGAGCUAAGAGCAGCAGACCCUCACCUAAGAGCGAAGGAAUUAGCCUUGUUUGCAAGAAGCUUUCUUAAGGAACUAAAGUAUUCGAGACCCGACGAUGACUUUAACACUCAAUUAAGGAUUUUUGCUGACCAAGCAAGUCGAUACGGUUUAACCUCCGACGAUUACUUAGCGGCGUUCUCGAUUAUGCUUACAAAGGAGGCUAUAACCUUUUACUACAAUCACGUCAUCAAGGCCAGACUUCCGACUUUCAAAGCAAACGCUAUUGCGGUAAAGGACUACUUCGAGACUGACCACCGGCGGCAAGCAAAAUACGACCGCUGGGAGCAAAUUUCGCUGGAAUUGGUUAGAAAAGAGAAUCCAGGGACCUCGCUUAGCGAGUGCUUUGAGAAGCUCGCUAAGGAGCUCAGGGGCAUUCAGAGCUCGCUACGACCAGGUCUGAGGGACGAUAGGAGUCUCGCUGACAAGCUGUAUUCAGCUUGUAAAAACGUGCUAGAGACGACUAUUGCGCGAAUGAACCCUGCUUCUACCUCUACCGCCGCAGUUGCUGACAUUCGCCGAGCAAUUGGUUUUGCAACUGAGAGCAUUCAACCUCUUAAGAGUGAGAGCUAUCGACCUUCCAAGGCAAGCAGAGCUUACGCGAGCUCUAGCGAGCCAUUUGAUCAGUUUCAGCACUCUCUUCAGCACUCCUCUUAG